AGCAGCUGCCGCCGCCGCCGUCGCCACUACCGCCGCCGCUACUGCUGCCGCCGUGUUCGGGUGUAGAAUUUGGAAUCCCUGCGUCUCGUUAACAAUGAAGCAGAGUUCGAACGUGCCGGCUUUCCUCAGCAAGCUGUGGACGCUUGUGGAGGAAACCCACACCAACGAGUUCAUCACCUGGAGCCAGAAUGGCCAGAGUUUUCUGGUUUUGGAUGAACAAAGAUUUGCAAAAGAAAUUCUUCCCAAAUAUUUCAAGCACAAUAAUAUGGCAAGCUUUGUGAGGCAACUGAAUAUGUAUGGUUUCCGUAAGGUUGUGCAUAUUGACUCUGGAAUUGUAAAGCAGGAACGAGAUGGUCCUGUUGAAUUUCAGCAUCCUUACUUCAAACAAGGCCAGGAUGACUUGUUGGAGAACAUUAAAAGGAAGGUUUCUUCUUCAAAACCAGAAGAAAAUAAGAUUCGUCAGGAAGAUUUAACAAAAAUUAUAAGUAGUGCUCAGAAGGUUCAAAUAAAACAAGAAACUAUUGAGUCCAGGCUUUCUGAAUUAAAAAGUGAGAAUGAGUCCCUUUGGAAGGAGGUGUCAGAAUUACGAGCAAAACAUGCACAACAGCAACAAGUUAUUCGAAAGAUUGUCCAGUUUAUUGUUACGUUGGUUCAGAAUAACCAACUUGUGAGUUUAAAACGUAAAAGGCCUCUACUUCUAAACACUAAUGGAGCCCAAAAGAAGAAUCUGUUUCAGCAUAUAGUCAAAGAACCAGCUGAUAAUCACCAUCAUAAAGUUCCACACAGUAGGACUGAAGGUUUAAAGGCAAGGGAGCGGAUUUCAGAUGACAUCAUUAUUUAUGAUGUAACGGAUGAUAAUGCAGAUGAAGAAAAUAUCCCAGUUAUUCCAGAAACUAAUGAGGAUGUUAUAGCUGAUCCUUCCAACUGUAGCCAAUACCCUGAUAUUGUCAUUGUUGAGGAUGACAAUGAAGAUGAAUAUGCACCUGUCAUUCAGAGUGGAGAUCAGAAUGAACCAGCCAGAGAAUCACUAAGUUCAGGCAGUGAUGGCACCAGUCCUCUCAUGUCUAGUGCUGUCCAGCUAAAUGGCUCAUCUAGUCUGACCACAGAAGAUCCUGUCACCAUGAUGGAUUCCAUUUUAAAUGAUAACAUCAAUCUUCUGGGAAAGGUUGAGCUGUUGGAUUAUCUUGACAGCAUUGAUUGCAGCUUAGAGGACUUCCAAGCCAUGCUGUCAGGAAGACAGUUUAGCAUAGAUCCAGAUCUCCUGGUUGAUCUUUUCACUAGUUCUGUGCAGAUGAAUCCCACAGAUUACAUCAAUAAUACAAAAUCUGAGAAUAAAGGAUUAGAAACUACCAAGAACAAUGUAGUUCAGCCAGUUUCAGAAGAGGGAAGAAAAUCUAAACCCAAAACAGCCUGAUGCAGAGGAGUAUAUGGCUUCAGAGUAUACAUUCAAGAAGGAAGAAAUUUGGCUUCCUGAAUCACUGCUUAGAAGAGAGGCACCCAUCAAUCUUGGACACCUAUUGUAGACUUCAGGUGAGUGGAGAACAAACUAUUCUGUUCUGCCUUCGGGUUUUUUUUUCGGGUGGGGGGAUUGAUCUUAGUGUUCACUAAUACUCAAAUUUUGGCAAACAUUAAACAAUAAAAUUGUAUGAGAAAUAACAUUUUUAGUGGCCCGAACAGGUGUUGAUUGGGGGGAAGGAGUACUUCCCCAAUUUUUUUGUAUCUGAAGCUGAAGAUUAUCAGUGUAAGAAGCAUCAGUUUCAUUCCUUUUUGUUUUUGUAAGUGUACAACUCUUAAAAACUUUGUAAUACAAAAAAGUAUAUGAUGGAAGAAUUUGGUAUAGCACUAUCAGUCCUUUUAACUCCUUCAUAACUAUAUACUAGAACUAUUGUAUUUUUUAAUGAGUUACCCACUGGUGACUUAAUUAGAUCAUCGUUCAAUUUCAUCAACAGCAAAAAAAACCCAGAAACUACCUGAAUUGCAAAAGGAUUCUGCCCCCAGUGUCAUUCUUUCUCACCAGUAUUUAAAAAUUUUGUCUUUAUCGGGUGUUUCAGAGUUUAUCCAGUGCCUUAGUAAUGCCUUAGAUUCAGAAUGCCUAAGAGAUACAUCUUCGUUAAAUGUGGAAAGUGAUUAUUAAAAGAGGGAUGAUGCCCUGAUGUUCUUAAGGCAUCUUUUCAGGCAGAUCCAAGUUCAGGAAGGAGUAAUAAGGAAAUUGAAGAUCUGGACACUGAUCUCUAAUACCUCUUGUUUACCAGAGGAAGUCUCCGUACUGUCUGGAAGACAAGUACCAUAGUAUGAAGACCAUUAAUUUCAAGAGUGCCCCCCAUCUUCAUUCUCAUUUUAAGUUUCUUUCAUUUAAGGGGGGUGGUUGUAAGUAUCGGCAUCAGAAAUCACGUAGAACAGAGCUGAAUGUUCUUUCAGAGUGUGUCACCUUGUUUUUCAUAGGGAUGGUAUACUCAAGUGAUGAGGCUUAAAUUGACAAUAGUCUGCAGACUGGGAAGAUGAUGAAAUGAUAUUUGUUGUGAUGAACAUGUUACAUUUAAGAAUUAGAGCCUAAAUGUUCAUUUCAAGCACACAUAAAAUAUUUUUUGAGAAUUGGCUGCAUAUUAGGCCAUAAAGCAAAUUAGAAAAUUUCAUGGAAUUGGUAUCAAACAGACUAACUAUAAUACAAAUAAAUCAGACCUUUACAGUUA